AUGCCUAAGUCAAAGGAACUUGUGUCUUCAAGCUCAUCUGCCAGUGAUUCAGAUAGUGAAGUUGACAAAAAGGCAAAGCGGAAAAAGCAAGCAGCUCCAGAAAAGCCUGUAAAGAAACAGAAGACUGGUGAAAGUUCAAAAGGUGCAGCUUCUUCUAAGCAAAGCAGUAACAGAGAUGAGAAUAUGUUUCAGAUUGGCAAAAUGAGGUAUGUCAGUGUUCGUGACUUUAAAGGGAAAGUCUUAAUUGAUAUUAGAGAAUAUUGGAUGGAUCAAGAAGGUGAAAUGAAGCCUGGCAGAAAAGGUAUUUCUUUAAAUCCAGAACAGUGGAACCAACUGAAGGAACAGAUUUCUGAUAUUGAUGAUGCAGUAAGAAAACUGUAAAGACAGAGCCAUACAGAAACUUUUAUCAUUUUAGUUGUUUUAAGCGGUCUUUUUACAUUGGCUUUUGUUUUCUAAAAUAUUGUUUUCCAAGCUAUUGUAUAUUUGGAUUGCAAAACGAUUUGUAAGAUGAAUACUUUUUUUAUGUGCAUUAAAAGUGUAUUCUGAGUGAGGCUAUUUGUGUAUACUUUACUAAAAGGAAAUGUGUUGCUUUCACCUCAUGGUGUAAAAUAAAUAAUAUGUAAAGCG